GCUGUGUUUGUUAAUCAUGGUGGGAACCGCCAUUAAUGGGCUUGCAUGGACAAACCGCACUUCCUCCAUAAAUUGCUUGUAGUUCACUGAAGAAGCAUUACCAAAUCCUGUCUCAAUGGUGCACUGAAUGCUAUGAGGCUAGGCUGCAACCAUGGCUUCUCCCCCAUUCCUGCUUUCAUCUCCACCUUCGACUAUUUUUCUACUCUGCUCCGUCCUUUUCUGGAUGUUCUUGCUAGGUAGCAAUGGCGGUGCGGUGGCCGGAGCGAUUCGAUCGAGAUCUCUACGGUUUGCCGCUGGGUUUGAUUCUGUUUCCACUAGAAGAGUUCUCCUCAACAAUGGACUCGCUCUAACUCCUCCUAUGGGAUGGAAUAGUUGGAACCAUUUUCAAUGUAAUAUAAACGAGAAUUUAAUCAAGGAAACAGCGGAUGCAAUGGUAUCCAGCGGCCUUGCUUCAUUAGGAUAUGAAUAUAUCAAUUUAGAUGAUUGUUGGGCUGAACUUAACAGAGACUCUAAGGGUAAUUUGGUUGCUAAAGCUUCAACAUUCCCUUCUGGUAUUAAGGCCCUAGCGGAUUAUGUUCAUAGAAAAGGGCUCAAGCUCGGAAUUUAUUCAGAUGCUGGGAUCCAGACUUGCAGUAAAAAGAUGCCCGGUUCCCUUGGUCACGAACAACAAGAUGCAGAAACUUUUGCCUCAUGGGGGAUUGAUUACUUGAAGUAUGAUAACUGUGAAAAUACUGGUACAAGCCCAAAAGAAAGGUACCCAAAGAUGAGUAAAGCUUUGCAACAAUCUGGGAGACCGAUACUUUUCUCGUUAUGCGAAUGGGGACAAGAAGAUCCAGCAACUUGGGCAAUAAAUGUAGGAAAUAGUUGGAGAACGACAUCAGAUAUUCAAGAUAACUGGAUUAGCAUGACAACCAUUGCUGAUCAGAAUGACAAAUGGGCUUCUUACGCUAAACCGGGAGGAUGGAAUGAUCCUGACAUGCUUGAAGUGGGGAAUGGAGGGAUGACCACAGUAGAAUACCGUUCUCAUUUUAGCAUUUGGGCACUGGCAAAAGCUCCAUUGCUGAUUGGAUGUGACAUCAGAUCAAUGGACAACAUCGCCUUGAAAUUGUUAAGUAAUAAGGAGGUUAUUGCAGUUAAUCAGGUAGAUAAGCUUGGAGUCCAAGGGAAGAAGGUCUAUAAAUAUGGAGAUCUCGAGGUUUGGGCAGGGCCGCUGAGUGGUAAAAGAGUCGCUGUGGUUCUAUGGAACAGAGGUUUAUGGCGAGCCAAUAUCACUGCAUCUUGGUCUGAUAUAGGUUUGAGUACUUCAACUACAGUUACUGCUCGAGACUUAUGGGAGCACUCCAGCCAGGUGGUUCAACAUCACCUUACUGCUCAAGUAGACUCUCAUGACUGUAAGAUGUAUGUUCUCACACCCCACUAAUCCAAAAGCCAUAGUUUAAUUACCAAAUGUUCUUGUGAAUGAUUAUUAUCUUCACAGUUCAGCUACAUGUUCUUCCAUUCUAUGGGCUUGUAUUUUUUGAGAUUUUACAUUACACAUUAAUUACAUUUUUGCUUCCUUCCACUUCAGUUCUAACUUUAUUGGUUAAGGCAUAUGUACGUUUUCCCA